UUGCGGUGGUUUUGUGCUCCGAGGGCCGUCAAAGAGAAAAAGACAGAAAACCUCAUGUCAAGUGUCAAAAUUGAAGUCAAGGGGAGAUGAUUCUGGGGUUGAGGCAGGAUAUCAGUCCCAGAAGUGUUGAGAAAACGUUCUGAUUUCCGAGGAGGGCUGGAGGUGACUCGGGAAAACUGGGCAGUCAUGGAUUUUGGGACGUUUGCUUCGUGAGGAUCCUUCAUUAUGGCAACGACGGUUCAAGGUAUCACGUGUGGCAACUUUGUGUUUUAUAACAAUUUUGACUCUGCCAAUUUGGCGAGGGUCGAGCCGGUCACUGCGAUCAAUGCGUCCAGCCAAGAUGGUUGUGAGACUGAGAGGAAGCCCUGCAAGCCCUCUGAAACCCUCCCGGACUAUGAGUUCAACGUGUGGACGAAGCACGACUGUCAUGGGACUGAAUUCCAGAACAACAACAGAACGUGGUUCUACUUUGGGAUUAAAUCCCCAGCCCAGGGGGUUUCUGUCAAGCUUAAUGUCGUCAAUCUCAACAGACAAUCAAAGAUGUUCAGCCAGGGGAUGUGUCCAGUGUUCAAGGUUGUUCCUGGACAUCCUCAGUGGGAGAGAAUUCGAGAUAAACCGACUUAUACAAUGGACCAAAAGGGCAGUGAGUUCACAAUAUCCUUCACAAUCCGCACCCCAGAGAAUCCCAAAGCCAUAAUCUACGUGGCCUUCACCUACCCCUUCACCUACACCGACCUACAACAGUAUUUAAACCGAAUAGACUCGCGAAUGCUGAAGCAAAAUUACGGAAAUACAGAUGCUAUUUACUACCACCGAGAGUGUGCAAUAAAGUCCCUGGAGGGUCGUCGCCUGGACGUUCUCACGAUAAGUUCGUACCACAACAUAACGCCCGAUAGGGAGGAGAAGCUCAGGGGAAUGUUUCCAGUCGAGGGGGAGGAGAGAGCCAGGAAGUUCAGGGGAAAGAGAAUAAUCUUCGUCAGCGCGAGAGUUCACCCUGGCGAGACACCGUCCAGCUUCGUGUUCAACGGUUUUCUCAAUUUUUUACUGAAUCGUGACGACCCCAUUGCCAUGAUCCUCCGGCGUAUUUAUGUCUUCAAAUUGGUGCCAAUGCUCAAUCCCGAUGGAGUGGCCAGGGGGCACUAUAGAGUGGACACACGUGGGGUGAACCUCAACAGGGUUUACCUCAAUCCCUCGGCCGUCGAUCAUCCCACGAUUUUCGCUGCUAAAAGCCUCAUCAGCUAUUAUCACCACUUCUACGAAGUCGUUGAGGCAGUUGAUGAGGAGCAGACAAUUGACAAUCCUGGAGGGGAGGAGGGGGCUCAGCAGAAAGGGGACCUGAGUGUGACUCUGAUGGCUCUGGAUGACAAGGAGAAAAUACUGGUGGGCGAGCCCGCCUGUGGGGGCUCUGGGCACGACGAGAUUGUCAAGUCGAAUUGCAAGGGAGGGGACAGCAAGGGGGACAGGGGCUCGGAGGACUCUGGACUGUUUCUCUACAUCGAUCUCCAUGGACAUGCCUCCAAAAAGGGCGUCUUCAUGUAUGGAAACUACUUCGAUGACGCCGAUGACACCAUCAUGUGCAUGCUCCUCCCUAAACUGAUGUCCAUUAACAACCCCAAUUUUCACUUCACCUCCUGCAAUUUCGCUGAACGAAAUAUGUACCUCAUAGACAAGAGGGAUGGAAUGUCCAGGGAGGGCUCAGGGAGGGUUGCUGUUUAUAAAUUAACGGGACUAAUUCGCAGUUACACGUUGGAGUGUAAUUACAAUUCUGGAAGACUGGUGAAUACUAUUCCAGCGAGGGUCAGAGAUGGAAACGGAAAACCCCAGGGACAUAUGUUUGUUCCUCCUAAGUACACGCCGACAGUCUUCGAAGAGGUGGGUGCAGCCCUAGGUCCUUCCAUCCUCGACCUGACAAACAGUAAUCCAAACAGUCGUUUACCAAAUAGCCAGUAUCGUUCCCUAAGGGGUGUUAAGUCAUACUUGAAACUUACAUACGUCAACUCCCUAGCUGGUACGAUUCACAGGCCCCGACUGAAGCCGCUCUCAUCGCACGACAAUAUCGGCCCGCUGAAGGACUCCCCGUGCCUGGACGACCUAGUGUCUACCAUGAACAGUCCCUCGAACGACCCAAACACCAGUCAAAAGAGCGACCCAACAUGCACCUCAAAGUCUCGCAUAGUCAGACGUACAGCCUCACUCUACACAGCAGUUAAACGCAUUAAAAGUGGAAAGAGGAGUUCCCGUCAGCUAUCGACAAAUCGUAAGUCACUGAAGAAUCACCAACGUUUGAGUAAUUCUGAAAAUGGCCAGAUGGUUUCUAAAAUCAGAUCGUCACGGCGCUCCAUGAAGGGUCUCAAGCCAGUGCUCCAUAAAAUCGUGGGGAAAAAGGGAUGUCAGGUUGUCGAGCAGACUGGCAUCGUCAAGCAGGGCACCAAGAGGCUCAAGAUCAUCCAGAGGGUCAUCAAGACACGCCCUGAGAUCGGCGAGUCGUCAAAAUCCUCGACUGACGAGGGCAAGAGAAAGCCCAAGGGAAAUUCCAUUGAGAGGAUCAGGAAGAAUGGAAAGAAUGCGCAGAGAAACUCUUCCAAAAGCAAUUCGAAGAAAUAGACUAAUUCCAGGCUUAUCAAUGCUUAUUCUGAAAUUUAUUCGGACAAACUCAAUGGAGUUUUCAGUAUUGUUUCGAGGGGAGGAGAAUCUCAUUUUUUUCGGUCUUUCUAUUAGUCCUUUUAGUUCGAAAAUUAGUCGAGUGAACGAUUUUAUAAGUGAGUACUCUGUGAUACCCAUUUAGUGAUUCAUUGUUACGUUUCAUAAUCAUUUUCACAUAGUCUAUUUGGAAAAUUAAAUUAUUAGAUUUAAUUAAUAAGAGAAGGGGGAAAUUGAAAUUUUCAAUUUUGUAACGAAGCUAGACUAGUUCGAGGAAGUUUUGAGUAUUAAAAAAGUCGAAAGUGUCUGAUUAAUUUCGUUUUUCUCACAGUCGAUUGGGAGGGAGUGAGUGAUUUAGUGAGUGUCUAGAUUCUAGGGGUUUUCGAUCAAUUUCAAUCACGUUUUUUAAUAAUAUGAAUUAAAGUACCAGCCAAUGCACAGGAAUUGAUACUUUCCAUUUACAUCUGGCGUGAGGAGGGUUUUAAAUCUUCUGUAAUUUUGAAAAAUUUUUUUUUCAGGGGGAAUUAUAAGAACCAUUGUACUGAUCUCUUCAUUAAAACGAAAGGAAAUG